CCUAUAAAUUAUUCUAAAAUGUGAAUAUGUUUGAGGAAGAUGACUGGAGCAUAUCUGGCAACGCUACUGAUGUUGACCAACUCGAAAGAAAUCAAAUCAGAUCUACGGUACUACAAGUAUCAUUAUGGAUAUACACAGUAAUCGGACUUUACAUUUUAAUAGCUCUGACUGUAUAUGAACGGUCUGCGUACCUAAAACGGAAACAUGAAAGUGUGAGUUUGGUUCUCGCUAGCAAAGGAUCAUCAAAACGAUACGGAAUAUACUUACGAUCAGUAAACAUUGCUGCAGCGGUUAUAUUUCUUUGCAGAACGGCUCUUGAACACGCAGAAAUUUUGAUUGAAGUCAACACAACAUACGAACAUUGUAAUCAAGUCGUGCAAACAAAAUUCGUGUUUUCUGGUCUGUUUUUCUGUGCGAUUUACCUGUUCCUAUGGAUAAGGCAAAGGAUGUGUUACAACAACGCCCUAAUGAGCCAUCUUACUUCAACACUGACGCACUUUUUUAGUUGGGCAAGCCUAGCGGCGUUACUCGCUGCUGAAAUCCUGACGACGGGGCUGUUCUUCACAAGAAAAUACAAGAGGACCAGCCUCGGGUGUGAUGUCAAUUCAACAUCAAUUCCUGCCUAUGUUGCCUGGGUUGUUUACGGAAUCACAACCGCAGUUUUUCAAAUCAUAUUCAUUGGCUUGUUCAUCUACCCGUUAUCAAGGCAACAAAGUUUAAUGAAGUUCCACAAACUAUAUAAAGAUAAAGCGCACAAGCUGAUGCCUUUAAUUAAACGAUCAUUAACGGCUUGUCUUGUGUGUGUAAUCACAAACCUAGUCGUUUCUAUAUUAGUUAUAACUAUUAAUGAACCCUAUAAUAUAGUUCCAAUACUGCUUUACGAUUUUAACUUAGUCGUGAACUUGCUUGCGGUAAUCUCGUCCUUUUCAAGAUGGAAGAUUAUACUUGCCCCAUAUACCCAUGCAGCUAAGAUUGCCAGUGUCGACGACAGCCACGGGUUUCAAACCGAGGAUCGUACCUCGUCAAAACGACAUAACAACGCACAAAGGCAAUGGAAAUUGGUUCGUAUGGCUGUUGAACGAACAUCCAGCGUCUUUACGAUUAGUAAUAAUUCGGUUUCGUCACCAGAGGACGCCACAGAGGAUAAAUCAGUUGCCAAAUCUGUAGGCAAUUUGUUUGCGAGCUCAAGUUCCAAUAUCACGGCAAAAGGGGCGUCGAGGUCUGUCUCGUGUGAAUGAACACAAAAUAUGACCAUAAAAUGUAAAUUAUUCUUAAAUAUGGAAUUUUUACCUCUAAUGCUCCAGACUGUUUGGUUCCCUUAUUCAGAGCUAUCAAUAAAUUGCCCUCCCAGGACAAGCCUGUCGCGUCUAUCUAGUGCACCGAUUCUCAAUCAGUGGGCCAUAUCCAACUGCUGGUGCACUGCAACACUUUCAGAUUGGCCACAAACCACUAAAAAUUGCUAGAGUGAUUGAUAAAUUCAUUGUCAUUUGUGUCACUAUUUUGAUUGUAAUGGUGAUGAACAAUAUUACUGUUUUUUGUUACUGAAGGGUAAUUUCCAUUCUAAUUAUUAAGGGAAAGUGUCUAUUUUUGCGGACAUAGUUUUUAGAUUUUCUUCUGUUUGUCCCUUGCACGGAAAGUUCUGUACGAUAUUUUUUGUAAGGAAAAUGUGCCACAAAAAAAGGUUGAGUGACUAGUAUGAAUAAAUCGCAAAACAUGACCAAGUCAUGUGAAACGACCAUGGGCAAAUAUUGAAUUCUACAGCUCCAAUGCUCCCAACGGUGGUUCGAACAAUUAUCCAAAUAUGGCAAUGGAUUUGAUAUCCUAUUAAAUUGAUAUUUUACCACAUUCACUUGGAUUCAAAGUAGGAUAGGAUUACAUAUUUAUCCCGGGAUAGAGGAAAGUCGAUAAGACGAAUUAAAUAGCGAACAACGGCCUUUUGUCCGGUUACCAGACCAUGUCGAGUAUGGGGUUGGUUAGCCAGUUAUUUUUUUUCAGAUGCAUGGACUCGAUGGUGAAAGAAGCCAUAACUGACCAACGGUUACAUGAAACACCCUACGGCGAGUCGCCCAGCAAUCCCCUCGCACAUAAUCUUCCCUUCGGGUUUCGAACCUAAGAACCCACGCAGGGUAAUAGUAGAUGCGUGGCGAGCGUAUUCCUAACGCUGCUUCACGAUGCGCCACACAGCCCAAUCACCGAAUGAGUUGUUUGUUACCUUUACCCUUCAGCACAUUAAUGAAUCGCCGUCAUGCUCAAACGAAAUGAACCUAAUUUGUUCGCUAAUUUUCUCUGUGGAAUAAGAUGUUCUCUUUACCUCCUGGCACAUUGAUAGUAAUUCGCACUUUUGAGCGAAUUUUCGACAUUCUUGACUUGGUGGUUG